CCUGGGUCCGACGGAACCCAGGCGUGGCCUGGGUCCGACGCAACCCAGGCGUUGCCUGGGUCCGACGCAACCCAGGCAUGCUGGGUUCCACCGAACCCAACAUGCCUGGGUUCGAUGAAACCCAAGCACUGGAUGAAGAAGGCAAGGCAGCCGUUGGGUUUUUGCAGGUGGAUGAAGAUGAAGAAGGCAAGGCAGCCGUUGGGUUUUUGCAGGUGGAUGAAGAUGAGGAAGGCAUAGGUGCUCGGUUCGAAGGUGCUGGGUUCGAUUUCAAACCUAGCAGGCACUGGGUUCCGUUUAGAACCCAGCAACCGUUGGGUCAAUGGAUUUGUUAAGUUCCAUUUGUUUAUUGAUCUGUUGUCUGUUGGGUUCUGUUCAAACUCAGCAGUCGUUGGGUCGAUGGAUUUGUUGAGUUCGAUCUAUUUAUGGAUUUGUUAUCUGUUGUGUUAUCCUCAUAUUCUUGCAGGUGCUGGAUUCGAUUUCAAA